UAUUUUAUUGACAAAAUCCUUACUCCAAGAUCGUUUUUGUUUGAAUAGUUAUCUAACGUGGUAUUUUUCGGAGCAUUUAGAGAUUAUAUUUACAAUCGCGAUUACCGUGUCAGUUCGCCGGUGCCCCGAACACUUAAACUUUAAACUCAACAUUUGAUUGUUGAGUCCGCGAAAAUCCCGCAAGAAUCAAAUCAAAUCCGUUGCCGGUCGCAAUUGGAUCUUUACCACACGACUUUGCCAAAAAGAGAGGGAACAUCUGUCGGGACAGCGAACGAAAAAAGAGGAGCAGAGAGUCAGCGGGACGCAAGCGCGGACUAUGGCGGUGUGGUGAGUUAGGGCGUGCAGCGGUCCGGUCAUCCGAUAUAUCCGACAAAUUCCUGUGUCGUCUGCAGAUUGAAAAGUGCAGCAGUGUGUGGAAGUCGAGAGUGUCCGUCGCCCAGUGCCACGAUGAAGGAGUACAACCAGGUUACGCUUCCCAACUACUCGUACAUCUUCAACUUCGAGUCCGGCUUCAUCCACCAGGAGACCCGCACGUGGAUGAAGGACAACUGGACCAUGGGCUUCUAUUACGUAGGCAUCUACAUGGUGCUCAUCUUCGGCGGGCAGCACCUCAUGCAGAACCGGCCCCGGUUCGAGUUGCGGGGCGUCCUCUCGCUGUGGAACACCUUGCUGGCGACGUUCAGCAUCAUCGGCGCGUGCAGGACCGUACCGGAGUUCCUACACACCCUAACGCAUCACGGGCUUUAUCACUCCGUCUGCGUGCCCAGCUUCAUCGAGCAGGACAAAGUCUCGGGGUUCUGGACGUGGAUGUUCGUGCUAAGCAAGCUUCCAGAGUUGGGUGACACCAUCUUCAUAGUUUUAAGGAAACAGCCGCUGAUCUUCCUGCAUUGGUAUCACCACAUAACCGUCCUCCUCUACUCUUGGUUCAGUUAUACCGAGUACACGGCAAGUGCCCGAUGGUUCAUUGUGAUGAAUUACUGUGUCCAUUCUGUGAUGUACACUUACUAUGCCCUGAGGGCCAUGGGGUAUAGCCCACCGCGCCAGAUCGCUAUGGUGAUUACUUCCUUGCAACUCCUGCAAAUGGUCGUUGGAUGCGCUGUGAAUAUAUGGGCACACCAGCUUUUGCAAAGCCAAGCCGAAUGCCACAUAACCCCAUUUAAUAUUAAACUGUCAAUUGCCAUGUAUUUGAGUUACUUUGUGCUAUUCGCGAGGUUCUUUUAUAAGGCCUAUAUGUCGGGUGAGAAACGCAGUAAAAGGAGGAGUGCUCCGGUCACUGCAGAGUAUCCACUAAUGAAAUCAAAGGUACACUAGUUCCAAAUUGAGCAUGGAUCAUUCCAGCAGUUUUAUUUGUUUCUUUUUUUUAAUAUAUAUCAUUUGUGGUUGUGAUACGUUCUUCAAUAAAAUGAGCUCCUUAUGAUUGUUCCAACUGUAUGUUCGCAAAUUUUAUGACAAAACGUUAAAAUUGUAACUAUUUUUAUAGGCAUUUAAAAUUGUGCAUUUAAUAGGGCAUUUUAUGUUUUCGUUCGUCGAUUGAGAUAUCACAAAACUUUGUUAUUGUUUUGUAAAAAUUGUUUUUUCUUUAUAAGUUUCGUCAAAUUUAUUUAAAUAUUGUAAAAUUUGUACUUAUUCCAACCCUGUUAUCGAGUUAAUUUUACACUAGUGUUAAGAAAAGUUCUUAAUUCUGUGAUAGCAUAAAGUGUUGAUACUACUUAAUGUUUUAUAAACAAAGUGUAUCGCAAAGCAUUGUUUCGUGCUUUACUAUGACUUAUCUCUAUUUCCGCUUUAAAAUUGUGAGAGAUUACAUAAUAAACUCAGAGCACAAUUGUAUUAGGUAGACGUUUUGUGAUAUCUAAAAAUAUUUUUUCGUUGGAAGGGGAACACAAGAACUAGUCAUUAGUUUUGUCAGGUUGUAAUAAUAAUUUUUAUGUAUUGAUUUACUGUCUUCGUUAUUAUGGCUACCUUAUUUAUUUUAUAUUUCUAGUGAUUAAAAUGGACAGUAUGAAUUGAUGAUAAUGCUGUUAAAAAUUAUCUUGCAACAGUCGUUUCAAUAAAAUAUUUUUUACGUA